UUGACACAAUUACAUGUGUAAUAUACCUCAAAAAUUCCCUGAAGGCUUAAGUUAUCGAUGUGUUCAGAAUACGGGAAGCGCGUUUCCUUUUGUGAUUUUGUCUUUCACACAUUGUAAGCAUGAGACGAGGUCUGGCCUCUCUAAGACCUGCGAUCUAACACCAGCUUCACUUGUUUUAAAGGACUCAACACGAGGGACAGUGAAUAUAAUUCUGUUGUUUGUAUUGAUUCAUUUGUUGGAGUUGAUCAGUCCUCGAGCAGUCUAAUUCAAGGAUCUGACACUAUUUAGAUUCCAAUUUGCGAAGCUUGUACGCUGACUACAUCAAGGCAGUAAUGUCGACAGGAGAUGGAGAAAUUAAUGGAAUGCCGGAAGGUGAUAAAGAAUCUGCUGUAAAACCAGAGAAACAAUUGUUUGACACGAACAUGAAGGGGGAUGACGAUGUUACAAAGCAAAAUGGGGUCUGUGAUAUUAUCCAAUACUCUGAUGCUACUCGUGAGCAGCUUGUACAGAUGGUUAUCGAACUCAAUUUUCAGAAUGAGUAUUUGAAAGCUCAGUUUGAAGGCUUGAAAAACCUGCAUAGUGAGGCUUGCAGUCAAGCAAGCAAAACUGGGCAGGAAGGGGUUAGGUCUGAAAAUGUGAAUGAGCUACAUGAAAAGAUAGAAUCUUUGAACAAAGAACUUCUGGAGCAGAAAUUGACACAAAAUGCUGCAGAGGAUGCUUUGAAGCAUCUCCGGGAAGCAUACUUCGAGGCAGAUGCAAAAGCCCAAGAACUUUCUGUCAAGUUGGCUGAAGUUCAACAGAAGAUGGACCAAGAAAUAAAAGAGCGUGAUGAGAAGUACACUGAACUUGACUCUAAAUUUGGCAGGCUUCAUAAACGGGCAAAGCAGCGUAUUCAAGAGAUACAGAAGGAAAAGGAUGACCUUGAAGCCCACCUUCGUGAAGUGAAUGAAGUGGCUGAGCGAGCAUCAUCCCAGCAAUCUUCAUUGCAGCAAGAGCUUGAACGCUCACGGCAACACGCAAAUGAAGCAUUGCGGGCAAUGGAUGUGGAUAGGCAACAAUUACGUACUACAAAUAAUAAGCUUCGUGAGAGCAUUGAAGAAAUGCGCCGUUCAUUGGAAGCCAAAGAGAAUGCUCUUGAAGGUUUGCAGCAGUCCCUUUUAGAGAAAGAACAGAUGUUAGAAGAUAUGAGGGGCUUAUUGCAAGCUGCAGAUGAGAAAAGACAAAAUUCAAUUGCUGAGCUUUCUGCUAAACACCAGAAGUUAGUAGAAAGCUUGGAAGCCCAACUUGCUGAUGCAAUAUCUGAUAGAAACAAAGCAGCUGAAACAAUAUCUUCACUACAGGUUCUAGUAGCUGAGAAGGAAUCUAAAAUUGCAGAGAUGGAUGCAGCUUCAACUGGUGAAGCUGCAAGACUUCGAGCUUCUGUGGAGACAGUAAAAGGAGAGCUUGUUCAAUUGAAAAAUGAGCAUGAAAAAGAAAAAGAAAGCCGGGAAGAUGCUAUCCAAGCACUGAAAAGUAAGCUGGAGGUUGCUGAGAAUAGCUGUAUACGUGCUGAAAUUGAAGCAGCCAAAUUAAAAAGUCAACUGGAACUAGAAUUGUCUGUGCAAAACCAGCUCCUAAAUACAAGAGAUGCUGACCUAGCAGCUGCCAGGGAGGAGAUCAUCCGCUUAGAAAGUGAAUUUUCUUCAUACAAGAUCCGUGCCCAUGCGCUUCUUCAGAAAAAGGACGCAGAACUAGCUGCAGCAAAAGACACUGAUCAACUCAAAGCUCAAGAGGAAGCCAUAAAAGAAGCUGAGAAAGAAGUGGCACUGGCAUCUGCAGAAAGAGAUAGGGCCCUUCAAGAUCUUCAGGAUGCUUUGGCUAAUCAUGAUAAAGAGCUUGCAACAAGAGAUGCAGCUCUUAGUGAUUCUGAGCAGCAGAUUAGGAUCACAGAAAUGAAGCUUGAUGCUGCUAAUGCUUUCUACCAAUCAGAGAAAGAAGCAUGGCAGAAAAACCUUGAGAAUUUGGAGCAAACUUGGCGAUUGAGAUGCGAGGCAUUAGAGGCUCAAAAUGAUACAUCUGCUAGGGAAAAUCUAGAAAAGGAAUUAAAAGAGCUCAACGUGCGUUAUAAGAAGUUGAAGGAAGAACACAAUUCAUUUCGUGAUAUUGCUGAUAGAAUGAUGGAGGAGAAGGACAAAGAGAUUUCUAGGCUCUUGGAUGAUAACAAAAAUCUACAGCGAGCUAUGGAAUCAAGGACAACUAUUCAGCCUCACAACAACCACAACACAGCUUUGCAAAAGCAGGAGGUACCAAGUUCAAGCACCUCCGCAGCAGAACAGCAAAUUCUGCUUUUGGCACGGCAACAAGCUCAGAGGGAGGAAGAACUAGCACAGUCACAAAGGCACAUAUUAGCACUUCAAGAGGAAAUCGAAGAGCUUGAACGUGAAAAUCGUCUACACAGUCAACAGGAAGCAAUGCUUAAGGCUGAGCUACGGGACAUGGAAAGAAUGAAGAAGAGGGAAGGGGUAGAUAUGACAUAUCUAAAAAAUGUUAUCUUAAAACUUCUUGAAACAGGUGAAGUUGAGGCUCUGCUACCUGUAAUAGGAAUGCUACUUCAGUUCAGCCCUGAAGAGGUCCAGAAGUGUCAACAAGCUUAUCGGUCCUCAACUGAUAUGCCACCAAGCCCUGCAAGUGAUGCUACAUCCUCCAGUCUCUCACUCUUUUCUAGAUUCUCAUUUUCAUAGCAGCAAGGACAGGCUACAAAAUGUUUUCCUUGGGAACUAGUACAAUACAGUGGCACUUCAGACACAGAGACAUUGUCCAAGCACCUACCAAUUAAGAAGCAAGGUAGGUUUAUGGUAAAACUUAGGUAAGUGUGCUCAUGCAGUAGAAAUUUUUGGAGAUCUCGGUUCCUAUCUUGAAACUUUGAUCCCGUUGGUGCUGUAUUUUUUGUAACUUAGAGCUGUAUUCAUGAAAAGAUCAGAUGUUGUAAAGAACUAAUAAAGAAAGAUGUGGAUAACAUGUUCGAUACCUAACUUGGAGAAAGGGGGGGAGAAAGAGUAAGCAAUAUAGUCAAUUUCAUCAUUUUUUUCUUAAAUUGUUAGUCAAAUUAUUCAUUUGUUUGAAUUCACUAAACCAGUUUGAUGCCUCUGUUAAGGCCAUCAAAAAGGAUACACAGGUGAGGACGAGUUUACUAGAUAAACUAUGUGAAGUAACCAAAAUCUCACUUGUUGUAAUGAAGAAACUUAUCUAUGAAGUUAACUAGA